GUCAAUCUAGGCUUUACGAUGCCUGAUUAUAUGCACGAAGAUGAUACGUUUUCUCUACAAUAUAGAGAAUUGCCUAGAAAUGAAGAACCGUCUGUAAAUAAUGAACCUUCUAUAAAUAAUGAACCUUCUAUAAAUAAUGAACCUUCUAUAAAUAAUAAACCUUCUAUAAAUGAUGAAUCUUCUAUAAAUAAUAAAUCUGAUGAAAGAGAAAAAAAAUGA